UUCUUUAGACAUAAGCCAGUUUUUUUUGUUGAUCAGUUUUUUUUUCGUGUUCUGUACAACUGAAAUCGCAGAUGUCCCACUAAAAAAUAAGGUUGUAUUUUUUUCUUUAAAAACAUUUCAUUAAAACUAUUUGAAAAUGAAACGUUUAAACAAAACGUCAAAUAAAAUUAAAAAAAAAAAAAUUGACAUUGUAAAAUCCGAUGAUACACUUAAAGAAAAUUCAGAAAAUAUAGAAAAAGCUCUUGAAAAAAAUGUUUUUCGUAAAGCUAAAACAGCUAAAGGACGUCGCUAUUUACAAUCUUUACAAUCAAAAUUACGUGAAGAUUCCAAAAAUUGUUUAUAUUUAAGAGGUACAAAAUGUUCCGCUUCCGUAAAACAAUUAUUAAAGGAUUUGUUUAUGAUCGGUAAACCGUAUAGUCAACAUUUAUCUAAAAAACAUGAUAAUUUUAAUCUCUUAUCCAAUAAAGAGCCAAUCGAAUUUUUAUGUAGAAAAAAUAACACUUCCCUUUUUUGUUAUGGUUCUUCCACAAAAGAACAUCCCUCUCGAUUAAUAAUGGGACGCAUCUUCGACGAUAAAGUACUUGAUUUGUAUGAGUGUGAUGUUCAAGACUUUGUCUCAUUACAAACUUUUGUUAAAAAAGCGCAGCCAGUUUAUGGAACAAAACCGCUAGUUAUUUCACUGGGCGCAGAAUUUGAAACAUGCGAAACAUUUCAAAAAUUUCGCAAUUUCCUAAUUGAUUUUUUUGUUGUUGGUUCUCCUCAAAAAGUUCUUGCCAAAGGACUUGAUCAAAUCAUUGCUAUAAUUGCUACACCAGGAGCUACACCCUCAUCGCUUAAGGUAUCAAUACGACGUUAUAAAGCAUCCCAAGCAAUUUUUUCAACUACGCAACUGUCUGAUAAUUGUCUCGAUGAAGUGGGCCCUUCAUUCACUUUAUGUCUCUCACAACAUAUGCUGCCCGAAACUCAUUCUUGGAGAUCCGCUACAAAGCAACCAAAGGCAUUAAAACCAAAGAAAACAAAGAAUAUAUCAACAAAUAAUAUGAGGGAAACAUUAGGAUGUGUUCACGUUGGCGUUCAAGAUUUGAAAGGACUGAAUACCAGACAUUAUCAUAAAAAUAAACGUCCCAGAAUCGCAAUACAAUAAACUUUUUUACCGUUUCAUCAGCAACUUUUUAUGAAGAUGUAUUUUUGUCUUAUAUUAAUUAAAAAAGAAACAUAGGUUUCACUACUACGUACACACGUGUUCACAUAUAAGUCUCAAGGACACAAAAAAAAAAAGCUUCUUUCUUUAUGUAUUCAAACUGAAACAAGUAUUUAUAGUGAUUUUAGAAAUUCAGUCCUCAACACAUGCCUUGUUUGUAAUAAUGAAACGGGUUUUUUAAAACAAUAAAAAAAAAAAAUUCAAUUAUUUACUAAAUCAUAAAGCGCGAGAUGUGCCAUAAACACAUAAAAGUUGACUAAAUAAAAUUUUAAUUGAAUGAAAUUUUUUUUCAUAAUAUUUUUUCUUUUCUUCAAAUUUAUGCUAGUUCAACUUCAGGAUAUUUCACAGUUCAUGGCACUUAGCGGGAAUCCCGUGGAAACAAUGACAUUAGAGGUUUUACCACAAGAACAAUCCCCGAAAGGUAUUUGUUUGCAACACAUGGAAACAUGUUACUACAAAUUUGGCAUUCAGAACGCGAUGCUUAUAUUGAAUCGUUGAUAGAAUCUUCAGGUUAAUUCAACAAAACCGUUUAAAAUUUUUUUUUUAAUUGUCACUCAUUUCACGUGAAUUAGAGAUGGAGAGUCUUGAUGACCCUUUAGAACCCUUUAGCGGAGAGCAAACACCCAUAAAAACAAUCCAAAAUCAAUUUGAACUACGUAAAGAACGAUUUACGCCAGUCUCUUGCUAUUGCUAUUUUUUUUCUAUUGUAGCGCAAUCUUUUUCUGAUAAAAGUAACAAUAACUUUCGAUUUAGACCUACGAAACACCGUGUGCUGAUGUAACUUGAUUACGAAGAUUAUAAUAACAAGACUCUAAAUAACGGCUAAUUAAUGAUUUUCUGCAUCGAUUCCCGUAAUCAAAACUUCAAAAGAUUCAAUCUAGACGUCUCGUUAUAAAUGCACCUCUCCAAUUGUAUAAAAACUCAUUACUCGGGUCUAUUUUUUUUAACGGUUCAAUUCGACUCCUUUCAUCACUGUCAAUCGUUUAUCUCCUUACUUUUAUCUUAAAGGUUCAAAUUUCUGUCAUUGAAACAAAACUUUUUCCUUGGCAUAUAACUCCACUUACAUACACUCUCUUCUAUUAUGUAAUUAUUGUAAAAAACGUAUCCAAUUUUGAUAAAAUUAUCCUAUUUUUAUUUUAUUAAACAGUAUAAUUAUUUUGCAUUCAAACGUUAUUUAUAGCCUUCAUUUUUCAGUAAAGAUUCUACUGCGCCAUGUACACUAACUGAGGCUAAUCUUUUUGCUUUGGCUUUAAUUAAUUACAGAUAUUUUAUAAUAAAUUAAUUUCUGUCCUAGUUUCGGGAUUUUCCUUUGAAAAUUGAAAACGUGGGCGAUUUCAUGAAGAUUGGAGAACUACAAACCCGAUGGAUAGCAUUUGAAAAAUUCGUUCGUCAUGUUUGUUCCACGUGGUACGUUCAACUUAAGUGUUUAAAAAAUUUUUUUUUUUUUAAACCAGGACGCUUUUGGUACUCGCUGUGGAUCAAGGAUGGGGUGGACGGUAUUCUUUUAAAGUUGCUGAAUCAUUUGUGGACUGGCUUUUACUUUUAUUUUACGAAGGUUUUAAUAAAGGUUUGUAUUACGACAUAUACUGAUGUUACAAAGGUUUUACGUUACGUUAUCGUUCUUUGUAUGAACUCUUUUAAAGGAAAACAAUUGACUGUUAUACCUGAAGAGCUCGCUAAUAAGUUAGCUGAGAAAUUGGAAGAACUUUUUUCGGUAGAAAUAGACGAUGACAGUGAUGAGAUUUUUCUUUUGGAGAGAAAAUUGUUGCUUCAACUAAAGAAGUAAGGUGUGACGCUAAAAAAAGUAAACGUUUGACUCUUGUUUCGAGCGACGGUACGAGCGAUGGUUCAAGCGAUGCGUCACUCGAUGAUUCGAACGAUGAGUCAAGCAAGUCAGAAAAUCGAGUAACCCAGUCAUCUGAAAUCAUCGACAAGGAUCUAGAUGGUUGGAUCACCGUUCCGUUUAAACGAAAAUAAGAAAAGAAUAAUAA